AUGACCAAGGCUCCUUUCUCCGUAGAAUGGCUGUCCCAGAGCAGCCGGCCCAGCAGCAGGCAUGCCCAGAGCAGGCCAGAAGCCAAAGAGGCCGCCCCAUCCGAAGGCGGCCGGGCCCAGCAGGAUAAUCCUCCGGCCAGGGAGAAGACCCCGAGUGAGGGUAUGCUGGUCGAGCCGCCUCCGGGGCCUCUCCCUUCGCUCCAGAAGAACAGGCCGCCUUUGCCUUCGUCGUCCACAGCUGCUUCCCAGAUGGUGUGGACCACUACGGAGUGCGGGUCCGACGGCGAAGGAAACUUCUCCGAAUGCCAGACUCCAGAGGACGGUGGAAGCCGAAAUGCGAAUACUCGCCGUUUGCGCACUGCUUUCAGCUUGGAACAGAUCAGCACCCUGGAGACCUCCUUCAAGCGGCACAAAUACUUGGGAGCGGCUGAAAGACGCAAAUUGGCCAGCAAAAUGCAACUCUCUGAAGUCCAGAUCAAGACAUGGUUCCAGAACCGACGGAUGAAACUGAAACGUCAACUGCAGGAGAUGAGGCCAGAACCAUCCUUCCAUGGCAUACCAUUUUAUGGUCACCUCCCUUUUGGACCUCAAAGUGGUCCCUUGUCCUAUGUUUAUUCACCACAUCAACAGACUUUCACCAGGAGGGAUUCUUCUGGCAUUCCUUUCCCUCCAGUGCCCCCUCCCAACUUGGAUCCCAGAAACACCUCUGGAGGACAGCCAGGUGCUAUCUGGCCAAUGCCUAUUCCCUAUUUUGUGGGAUACCAAGACCCAAGAACAGUGUUCAUGACGCUUUGA